UGCACAACAAUUCUUUAUUUUAUCGUAAUACUUAAAUAAAACCCCUCGUAGACGAAUUUAGAUAACAAAAUCAUUAAUAAUAAAACAAAGAAUGAAAUUAGUAUUGCCUAGUGACGUUAUAUUGAACCACCCUCGUAGGAACACUUGACUUUAAGGUCAAACAACCCCAACGCCCCUAACCUAACUUUCUAGGUAAAAGUUGACAGCCGCCAACCAACGACCCAUUCAGGGCCACUCGCCCUUUUAUUUCCGAUGGAUAAGCGACGAUGAAGGUCUGUUCGAGUCACCCCGUCGAUUUCCAAGCCCCAGACUCGACACCAAACACUGCAGGUUCCCACUCGUGAAGCAACAUGAAGUCCAAACGAAAGAUAUUUGUUUACACAAUACUUAUUUUAUCGUUUAUCUUUUACAUAAUCAUGUGUAUGCAAAUUUCAAAUACGGAAGGUGAGCCAAAUUCGGGACAUACUAUAGCUUCUGUGGAGGGCUGGGGCUACAACACGACGCGGGAUACUAGUCAGUACAUUUUAAACAACAAUUUGAGCGCACACAUUUUUCCGGAGCACUUCUGUGAUCAUGACUCAUUUCUGCUUGUAAUGGUGUGUUCGGGACCUUCCAACGUCGAGGCGAGAAAUGCAAUACGAGAGACAUGGGGUGAUAAACGAAAUUCGAAUAAUGUGUCCUUAUUUUUUUUACUAGGCGAAACCAUGAAUAGUUCACUGCAGAAUGAUAUAGUGGCGGAGAGCAACAAAUACGGAGACAUAAUUGAGGAACGCUUUGUAGAUUCUUACAACAAUCUCACUUUGAAGUCUAUUGUUAUGUUGAAGUUAGUUAGUAAUUAUUGUGCCAACUCUACGAAAUAUUUACUGAAGAUUGACGACGACAUGUUCGUCAACAUGCAUCUCAUUGUGAAGAUGCUUAUGGGUAGAAAUAGCACGACAGAUUUGCUCAUGGGGAAACUGAUCUGCGGAGCAAGGCCCAUCAAAGACACCAGCAGCAAGUGGUACUCUCCGCGCUACAUGUACUCGGGCAGAGUGUACCCCAACUACCUCUCCGGCACCGGCUACGUGAUGUCCGUCGACGUGGCCGAGAAGCUGUACAAGGCGGCGCUGCAAACACCAAUUUUCCACCUGGAGGACGUAUACAUAACCGGGAUUUGCGCAAAGAAGGCCCGAGUCAGGCCCCACAACAACUCGCUAUUCACAUAUCAAAAGUUAAACUACGACUUGUGUCUCUUCAUGAAGCUGUACACGGCUCACCGCUUCACCCCCGUCGACAUCCGCAAAACGUACAAUUUAUUGAAAGACAACAACGUGACGAGGGAAUGCCUCACGCAGAAGAACAGCUUCAACGUCAACCACUGGAUAAUGAACAACAUAAUUAAAGUUAAUAAAACUUAUCGUAAGAGUAAGUGUGAAUAGGUUUCUAUUUUCCUUUCGAGAAUUGUGAUAAUUAGUGCAUUAUAAAUUGUAUUUUUUACGCUUUCUACGGAUCUAGUGCCAAAGUAUUCGACUAGUUCACAAACGUUUAUAUUUAUUACGGGGGCGGUAGAAGGGCGAGUCGGAAAAUUCGUUUCUGUGAUUGUAAAUACGGCGCACUUUUCUCAACUUUGCAGUUUUAGUGGAUCGGGAAACGUCGACUCGCGCCGACACGAAACUCGAAAUCGCACAAGAGUUUCGUGUGGGCGCGACCACAACGACCACCGUUUCUAGUAAGCAAGCACAUCUAUCCGCACAUCUCUAACACGUUUGACCUCAGGGUUUACUUUAGCUUAAGAUUCGUUUCACUCUACGUUUGCAACACCAAAGAACACACAGUUCUCUACAGCUGCUGAUUUUGGUAGAUGUUUUCGAGAGAUUUGUGGCUAGGUUAAAAUCGGACGAUUUUAAUGCUCAUGCGGCCAUGACCACGAUGUACGUUUGAUGCAGACACGCAUCAAGACAAUUUCCAUGUACUCAACCCUCGUUUUCAAACUCUUGCCCACUACAUUGUAAAGUCAACAGUCAAAAAGUCUGAGGAGAGUUUGAAAACGCGAGGGACCUCUUUAACGUAAACAACAAUGACGGGAGAAAAGUAUACACCUAAUUCAUUCCUGGGAUAAUUUUAUUAUAAUAAUAACAAUAAUAAUAAUAAUAAAUCGUGGUUUAAGUCUCAACAACCUGCACGCAAUGUUUUUUUGAAACAGUAAAAUUAAGUCUACGAAAUAGUGAACAGCAAAAACACGACGUUCACUAUUCGGUGGGCUCUACUUUACUACUUGAAUAUGAUGAAAUCAUCACGCGGAGUCGGUGUGUUGGCGGUUAAACCGCGAUUUAUCGGCCGUUGGAGUUCCUUUACAGUUCAAUGCUCGUUUGGACUUUGUCCCUUUUGCUUAAAAGAAAGCGAAAACCACGACGUUUGAUCUGACGUUCACAUGAGCUUUUCAGGUAGCUAGUUUGUGUAAGUAGUUGGCUUUUCCAUUAGUCGGCUCAAGCGUUACCGUUUUCACAGGUUACAAAUGUAGUUCAACAUUGUCCAUGAUUUGGUAAGAGACUAGUGCCUUAAUGUUGAAAUGUAUUUGUUUAUCUUAGCUCUCAUCAUGAAUUGAUUCCAAUAAAACGUCCAGCUGAAUUAUAUUAUUAAAACUACUUCAACUGAAAAUUCGUGAACUUAACAUGUGUGGCGACUGCGCCAUAAAAUCUGAUCAGUUUGGUUUCGUUCGGCGUCUGCAGCGAGUUGCUCAAUGUAACGAAUGUGUAUUUUUUGCAACACACUGUAGACGGUCACGUUUGCGGUAAGACGCGAUUUUUCUUUAGGGAUUGUGUUUCGAAGCCCACUUCGGUAAUUAAACAAAGCUUGUUUUAGGUAACUUCGAUUAUGAUUACUGGGUUCCUCGUUCGUACUUAUUUCAGAACUGAUAGAAGGAAUCUGUAAAUGUUGCAGUUAGUUGUACCUUUUGUUCGUCAGUGCUUGAAAAAUUUAGUUAAUUGUUGUUAAAUUAUCAUUAUGUAUACAUUCCGUGUCCGACGAUGUUACAAAUUAUUUGUAUUUCGAAUUGAUGAUGUAUAAACUAAACUAAAAGAAUUUUAAAAUAUAAACGAUUAUGUGAAACAACAA